GGAGCUCCGGGAAGGGGGCAGCUUCCCAGGCGCCUGCGUGGCGGGCAAUCCGACGGAGGCGAUCCGCGAGCGCGGGCGGGUGUGCGCAACAUGUGCGUGGAGCAGAGACGGCCCCAGUCUCCACCUCCUCUGGCAAGUGAACGGGGAGCUGCCAAGCUCCAUUAAAACGAUCCACACAGACUGUCGCCGCGGCGGGGAGGACGCGCGCUCCAGUUCCAAGGAAGACGCUCCGAGGGAGCCUGGCCGAAGCCUACGUGGGGCGCCGCCUCUGCCUGGUCUCUCGUCUCGUGCAGCGAGCGGCUGGCAGCAGCCCGCCCGCCCCAUCGGGGCCUUAUUAAGUCGCUAGCGGGCUUUCGGGAGCAGCAGCAGCAGCACAUGGAUCCCGGGGCCCGGCCCUGCAGAGGCAAAGCGCGCUGAGCUUAGCCGGCCGGGUCCUCCUCCCCACCCAGCGCUUCUCCUUCUCCUGCCCUUCUUGUCCAGAGGGUUUCGCCAGGGCGCCCGCCCGCUGUUUGCCUGGGACAGGUUGCUAAGACCGCGUGCGGGGCUUGGGUUCGGCAAUGCUCCGCUCCUGGUGGCUCGUUGGGCUCUUCCUAGCUUAUGCAUCUGGAAGGAAGCUAUGGGAUGUUCCCAUAACUCACUUGGAGCAGCUCAGCCCUGGAAAACUGCAGUGGGAGCCACUCUGCCAGUACCAAUUGCGCCACCUGCAGGAUGGUGCUAGAAUUACAGCUCUAGUGCCUCCCAGGUUGGAAGGACAUUGGAUUUCAACUGGGUGUGAGGUUCGACCGGGACCAGAAUUCCUCACCCGCUCGUAUAUCUUUUAUGGCAACCGCCUCUUCAAAGCUCAUCAGUUCUACUACCGCGACCCAUCCUGCCGAGACCCCACCUACUCCCUGGUCAUCAAAGGCAAAAUCCGGCUUCGCCAGGCCUCCUGGAUCACCCGGGGUGCUACAGAAGCAGAUUACCACCUCCACAAAGUGGGCAUUGUCUUCCACAGCCAGAGGGCAAUGCAGGAAGCCGUCGGCCGCAUCAACCAGAGUUCGGGAGAGCACUGCAGAGAGUUCUUGCCAGCAGGGCGGACUUGGGCUCCGGGUGCCCUGUAUGAGCUGCUAAGCGCCAAAGCGGAGCGGGAUUGCACAGCAGGUCUCGGCUUUGCCAUGCAUGAACUGAGCCUGGUCCGGGUGGAGAAGUACAACCAACCCUUGCUCCUCCAGCAAAGCCCAGGUACCCGGGAGGUGGAGGAGCUGUAUCUAGGGGACAUCCACACUGAGUGGUCAGAGAGGCUCCAUUAUCGGCCAACCGGAUAUCAGCGCCCUCUACAGAAUGCAAUGCACCACACUCACCCCUGCCCUGCCUGUGGGAUUAUAUACAGAGCUGAUGAACAUCACCCACCUAUAUUACCCAUCCAGCCGGAGCUCCCGAUGCUGUUAGGUGGACGCUGGGUCAGUUCCCAGUGUGAGGUCCGCCCGGCCGUGCUCUUCCUCACAAGAUACUUCACCUUUCAUGGCAACAACCGCAGCUGGGAAGGAUACUACCAUCACUACUCUGACCCCCUCUGCAGCCAGCCAACCUUCACAGUGUAUGCCUCAGGCCACUAUACGCAGGGAGCACCAUCCCUCAUCGUGAGAGGAGGCACCGAGCUGGUCUUCAAGGUGACCCACGCUCGGGUGACCCCAAUGGAUCAGGUCACUCUGGCACUGCUGAACUCGUCUGACUUUGGGAGCUGUGGGGAGCCCAACAGCUGGCGUAUUGGGCAGGAGAUGGACGUGACCCACACAAACGGGUGUGCAGCUCUAGGGAUCCGACUCCCGCACACGGAGUACGAACUCUUCCGAAUCGAACAGGAUGCGAAAGACCGCAGCUUGCUCUUCAUUGGUGAGAGGCCCACAGAUGGAUCGAGUCCCAACACACCCAGCCAACGGCCCACCUCCUAUCAGUCUCCACUCCUCCAGUGUGCUGGGCCCUCGGCUGCUGUAGGCAGACACUCUAAGCCAAGCUACCUGGGAAGGCUAGGAGAUUCCAUCAACAGCCAAGCACGAAAGCCAUUGCCCACGGCCCUUGUGCUGGCAGGUCUUGCCACCCGGCUGGUCCAGUGGGACUAAAGCACUCAGACCUUUGGCUCGGGGGCCGUGUAGGACCUAGACAGUCACAGUGCGAUUUUUAUCAGCAGAACGUGCACCCUUGGAAUUUGUUUUAUACUUUACAAAUCUGUACACGCUGUAUUUUCUUAAAUGAUGGCUAAGCCCAGUGGGUGAGCUUUCCCCUUCAUAUGUGCCUUCUGGAUUAUGGACAUGUCCAUCUGUAUUCUUGAUUAGUGAAGUAGAAGUCGUCAGCUUUUUCUCAGGUGACUUGGCUGAACAGUACUAAACACACAGAACAGACUCCUAGGCCUGUGUGAUGCUUCAGCCCCAACCAAACUCUUUGCACCAUCCUUGGGGAACUGUGCAGAUGCAACAGUUUGUAGCUGCCACCACCUUCUAUGCUGCACCUUCCCAGCAUCAGUGGGGCCCCUUGAAGAGACCCACUGAGCCCCCAGCAUCAUUGGGGGGGGGCGGGUUGACAUUUUUCUUUGAGAACUUUGAAAAGCAAUAUAUAAAUGUUCAUAGUAGCAGAGUGAUGCUCAGCACUUUCCCCAUAGAGUGCUACUCUAGGGGGGUAGGCGGGGCUCAAAUUUUAAAGGGCCCUACCAGCACUGGGAAAUCCACAGCACUAUGUGGCGAUGACCCAGCAGUGACAAUAAACUUCUGCACAGUGCCAGGAGGCCAAUGCAAAGUAUUGGGCUUCAGGUACUCAGAGUCAAAGCUUUACACAGGCCUACUGACUCCUGGUAAAUGCUAGGAGAGAACAAAGAGUGUUCCCCCCCCUUAAUAUUAAAGCAGUGUUGUAGUGUAUAAAGAAGCAAUUCUGCUGUUACAGGACAAUUUCCCCUUUGGAAGUCACCCUGAAUUGGUCUUGGAGAAACAUGCUUGUGUGCAGAUGAAAGGCAUUGCUGCUCAGGGAGACCUACAUAUGCCAAGCUGCCUUCCCCCCUGCAAAAUCUAUAUCCAAAACAUCCUGUUGGGGAAAGCCCCCCCCCCCCCCCACUGGGAGAGGAUUUGCAGUGGGCCACUCGGGGGAGGGGAAGAAGUUUGCUUGUGCAAGCUUCCUUCACUCCCAAACAUCCAACACAAUAUUUACCAGUUUGUUUUAAGCAAGAUGUAAAGUACUGUUGAAAAGAAGUGCGGAAUUAAAUAUUUGCUGUCUGACUUCCACCUAAUAUGCGCUGUAUGGAGAAAGAAACACUGAGAACAAGGGGGAAGUAAGAACAGCCCUGCUGGAUCAGGCCUGAGGGACUUUGCACAGCUUGUUUUAUUAGAAUCCUGAGAAUCUCAGCUUUUAAGCAGGAUAGUAGUAAGAUUCUUGUCCUCAGGGAUGUGUUUGGAAAAAAUAAUAGCAAAAAAUGUUAAAAUAGUCCGCAUCUACAUUCUUGUUAAAUAGGCCUGGGCAAUUCACUUUGUGCAGGUACAGUACAACUCAGUCAUAGCAACAUAGGAAGCUGCCAUAUACUGAGUCAUACCAUUGGUCUAUCUAGCUCAGUAUUGUCUUCACAGACUUCUCCCAGGUUGCAGGCAGAAAUCUCUCUCAGCCCUAAAUUGGAGAAGCCAGGGAGGGAACAUGGAACCUUCUGCUCUUCCCAGAGUGGCACCAUCCUCUGAGGGGAAUAUCUUACAGUACUCACACUUCUAGUCUCCCAUUCAUAUGGAACCAGUGUGGACCCUGCUUAGCCAAGGGGACAAGUCAUGCUUGCCACCACAAGACCAGCUCUCCUCCACCAUACAUAUCACAAAUAGGGCUGUGUGUGUGUAUUGUCACGUGCACAGCAGGCCACAAUCCAUGGGUGGAGGGGCUAGGUUCUGCAUGGAGGAUUAGAAUCAGUGUAAUCCCAAUUUAAGCAUAUGGAUCAAUGUUUCAUGAAGUUCUCCCCUCACUCCACAUUGAUAAUCCCACAGCUCCAAUAAGGAAAGCAGCCAUUGACUAGCAAACAGAACAAGCAGAGAGAGAGGCAUUUACAUUCUCCAUUUCCCCCUCCACUGUGAAAAUUACCCAUUAUGAGGUCUCUAACACCAUUCAUAUCCCUGAACCAGUCAACAAAAGCAGUAUCCAGUUGCUUUAACUCUGAAAUAUACAGCUUCUGGCAAAAGGCAAAAAUGCCAAUGAUUCCACAUUGUCUCAUUCAAAAUGUCAAUUUGGCAGCCAUUCUUUGGAGCUGUCGAGUGCUAGUAUAAGCAGCCAUCCUCAUUCGAUAAAGUGGAGAUUUAAUUUUUAUUUUUUGUAGUAAGGAGCUGCACAUAAAGAGAGAAUUGGUGAGCCAAUCUUCAGUAACUCAAGGUAACAAAUACCACAGCCUGUGCUUUAUAAAAAAGUAAUGAGAUCUUCUUGGAAAUUGUGUGUUCUUCCCAGAAUUCCUCUUAAAAAAUUUUUUUCAAGAAGGAAAAAAGCCCAUUAAGCAACUAACACAAAUUUCAUUAUAUUUUACAAGGCUGUGGCCAAUAGGUAGAUAAUUUAUGAGCCUUUAUAGAAAUACCAGUGGGGAACUGUGCAUCAGCCACCAUGAUGUAAAGCCUAUCUUAAUGUACAAUUUGUAUUACAGCAUGUUACUUUUCUUUUCUACAAGCAAACUUUUAAAGCCAUGUACAUAAACAACUGCACAUCUUUUUAUAUUAAAAAGUGGCUAUGCUUUA